AGCUUAAUUUCAUUUCUCCCCUGGCACAGUUGUUCAGUCAAAUACAUCUUCUCAUUACCUUCAAUUCCAAUGGAGCCAAGUCACUCAACCAAGAGCAACCCUGAAACAGCGAUCCUUAUUGACUCCAAAUCUGCCAAAGGUAAAUCUACUGCUGCUCCUGCCGCAAUUACGGCUACAACAAAAGCUACACCUUACAGGAAAGGAGGAUGGAAGAGAGGGGUCGCGAUUUUCGACUUCAUUUUGAGGCUUUGUGCCCUCAUUGCUACCUUAACUGCCACCAUUACUAUGGGAACUACUGAUCAGACACUCCCUUUUUUCACACAAUUCUUCCAGUUUCAAGCAAGCUAUGAUGACCUUCCAGCUUUCUCAUACUUCGUGGUGGCGAAUGCAAUUGCUAGUGGCUACCUUGUUCUCUCCUUGCCUUUCUCAAUCGUCUGCAUCGUUCGACCUCAUGCAGCCGGAGCAAGAUUAGCACUUCUCAUCUUUGACACAAUGCUGUUGGCUUUUACCACUGCUGCAGCAGCUUCCGCGGCUGCCAUUGUCUAUUUGGCUCACAACGGCAAUCAAAACGCAAAUUGGCUUGCAAUUUGUCAGCAGUACACUGAUUUUUGUCAGCGCGUAAGCGGGGCUGUGGUGGCCUCAUUCAUUGCAGCAGUCACCUUCGUAUUCCUGGUCGUGCUUUCUGCUGUGGCUCUUCGAAGACGCUAAGCAAAAUAUGGACUCAGAACUUUCUUCUUGGCUUCAAUGUGCAUUGUUUUACUAAACUUGUUUCAACCCCUCAAUGAUUCUUCAGCACAGAUGGGAAACUACGUAAUAUUGUGUGUUUACAUUUGAUAAAUCGAAUGCAGUUGUGUACCCUUUUCAGAGUGUAUACGUAUUCUUCCAUUCAGUUAAUCAAUUUCUUUCUUGUUAUA